CCAACGACCCGAGAGUGGGAGGGAGGGAGAAGGUAGGAGACCCGGCCUCCUUCACCCGCCUCCUUCUCAGCCGCAAGCUGCCCGGCCCCAUGGUCCCCGCCGCCGGUGCGCUGCUAUGGGCCCUGCUGCUGAGUCUGGGGCCCCAGGCGGCGGGGGCCCGAGGCCUGAUUUCGACUUCGACAGAGACACAGCGGGUCAGCUUCCGCGUCGGGGUCCCUAUGUCCCGAAACUACCGGACUACCCUCCGGACCGGGGCUCCCAAGAAGAUGCGGGUGACAAUGGAGGAUGAGGAUGACCUCGUGGCCAGUGCCGACCGCCUGGCAAACCCGGCUGCCGCUGAGCUCUUGGCCUCCACGGUGGCUACCGGCGUCAGUAAGUCAAUUGUGUCGUCGCCAGAGGAGGAUGAGUCUUUGGAAGAGGGGGUUGUGAUUAACGCCAGGAAGAAUACUGCGAGCGGAGGGGCGCUCAAAGCGACUUCCAACACAGUGAGGAUGCCCAGCCCCAGGUUUAAAGCUAACACCCAGGAGCCUGAGAUCAGGAUGUCUUCUUCAGACCAGCCGACCUCCACCUGGACGUCUGCUGAGGACACCGUGCCCUCCGGCAGUACCUUGAGCCAGUGGUCAACAGCAGGGUCCACCCCAAGCCGGUGGCCACACCCCUCGCCAACAGCCAUGCCUCCACCGGAGGACCUACAGCUGGUGCUCAUGCCCUGGGGCCCAUGGCACUGCCACUGCAGGUCAGGCACCAUGAGCAGGUCUAGGGCAGGGAAGCUGCAGGGCCUUUCCGGGCGCCUUCGAGUUGGGGCACUGAGCCAACUCCGUACAGAGCACCGGCCUUGUACCUACCAGCAGUGUCCCUGCAACCGGCUUCGGGAGGAGUGCCCCCUGGACAACAGUCUCUGUCCUGACACCAGCUGCACCACUCAGACCACCACCACCACUCCCAAACCCCCCCUCAGCUCUAGACUCAGACCCACCCCCUUCCUCUUCGGCCCCAGCCCCAGCCCCAGCCCCAGUCCAGCCCUUGCUUUUUGGAGACGAGUCAGGAUGGGGCUGGAAGAUAUUUGGAACAGUCUGUCUGCAGUGUUCACAGAGAUGCAACCAACAGAGAGAAACCGCAGGUAAUGGCCACUUCAUCCGCCAGAGAAGGUGUCAGGCAUCUCAACCUCCCCACCCUUUCAAUCCCAGAAUCUACUGGAUAUUUUUAGUACAGAAAAACAAAACUAGAAAAAAAACAGUUUAGUCUUGUGUCUUUUUACAAAGGUAUCGAAGGUGGAGACCAGAAAUCUCUUCAACCUUAAAACUGAACUGUGUAGUUGACACCAAAGGGCCUGAUCCCAUCCCCCCUACCCCUAUCCCAGGAUAAAAUCUUAAUGUUGGUCCUCUUCCUCCUU